UUUUGCUUGGUUAUUUCACAUAAUGAUAUAUCUGCAAAAACAUAGGGACCUCGAGAUGUGUGAAGAUACAACGUCAACUUAACACUAAGAUAAACAACAGGAGAUGGCUAAUCAAGAAGAUACAACAAUAUGGAAAAAUCUGAAUAUAAACAGGAGAUUUUUACCAAUCAAGCUUUUUUACUUCUUUACUACAGCAGCUAUUGGGGAUCUCCUACCCUUCAUCCCACUCUACAUGAAACAGAUAGGACUCUCCUCUACCCAAACAGGGAUAGUCUAUGGAAUCAUGCCAUUUGUAGGGUUCUUAAUACGACCAAUCAUUGGAAUCAUUGCAGACAAGUUUCAGAAGCACAAAUUAUGCCUAAUUUUAAGUAUCCUGUUCACUGGAGUUUUUUACAUGUUGAUACUUGUCAUUCCUUCAGACACUACCUCCUAUGUAUCUGUUGAGACCAAGAUUUCUUGUAAUGAAUAUGACUCAUACAUCCAUGACUGUUCUCAAAAUAAAUCUGCAGAGUGUCCGUUAGGAUUUGAAAAUCUUCUGCUUAGUGUGAACAAGUCCCGUCACUCAACAAAUUCAUCUCUACAAGUCAGUAUGUAUGGAGGUCAGCCUAACUCCUCAGCUGCAUAUUCCAUCAUUCCAUCUCAAGUAACAGACAAAUCUUAUCCCCGUUUAAGUUGUUCUGUGAUUUGUAAGCCAACCACAGCAUUCCCCGGAGAAGUUUGCUUCACAGACCAAGCAGAACUGGAUCAGUGUCUUGGACAGCAGACCUCACCAGCAAAUCUACAGUUUAUGAUAUAUGAUAUGCUUGGUUCAACAAGGGAAGUAAUUGCUGACAGGCAGCUUGUUGGAAAUAUUGAAUGUCAUGAUUUUGCAAUGAACAACGUGACAGUAGGACAACGGAGAUACUGGAAUAUGUUUUGUCACCAUGAGACAGAAUUUAAUUGCCAUUUAAAAUGUGACCUUGGUAUAACAGAUCAGUGUGUCACCAAAUAUGCUCAUGUCAUGAGAGACAAAUUUGUAUUAUUCCUUGUUAUUUACUUGUUUGCAAACAUCGCCUUUGCACCUGUGUUGAGCAUGGGAGAUGCCAUUGCUUAUGAUAUUUUAGGUGACAGCCAUCGUGGAAAAUGGGGUAAGCAGAGACUAUUUGGAACAGUUGGCUUCAUGCUGUUUGCUUUGUCCUCUACUUUCAUUAUGUAUGAGAUCAGCAGCAGCAAUGAGGAAAUUGAUUUUUCUGUUUCGUUUUACAUCUUUGGUGGACUGUGUGUUCUCUCUAUUUUAUCUGUGUGGAUAAUGCCUGUCUCAGGAAACAUUUCCAGCAAAAACAUGAUGGUACAUAUAUGGGGCGUUAUGAAGCAUCCACAAAUUGUCAUAUUCCUGGGUAUUGUUUUCUUUUUUGGACUUUAUACUGGAGCCAUUGAGACCUUUUUAUUUUGGUAUUUAGAGGAAGAGACUAUUGGAUACUUUCAAGUCAUUCCAGGAUUUUGUCUUGCAAUUGCAUGUCUUGCCGAGACAGUGCUUCUUUUUGUGUCGGGAGCGAUUAUUAAAAGACUAGGUCACCUGAACUGUAUCUACUUGGUGUUUGCAGCCUAUUCCCUAAGAAUGUUGGCUUACUCAUUCCUAGAUAGUGUGUUUGGUGUCUUGCCAGUGGAACUGUUACAUGGAUUUACUUUUGGAAUCAUGUGGGCAACAUCUACAUCUUAUGCCAGCAUCAUUUCACCUCCUGGUAUAUCAGCCACAGUGCAGGGACUUCUGGGAGGAAUCCAUUUUGGAUUUGGAAAAGGAGUAGGGUCAUUGUUGACCGGAUGGCUAUAUAAGGUGGUCGGAAUCCGCUGGGCGUGGAGGAUAUAUGGAAUAUCAUCCUUGGUCCUACUACUUAUCUACUUAAUAGUGAACAAAACUGUAUUCAGAAAGCCACCAACAGAAUUGGCUGAAAACCAGAGGGAGCUGGAUGUGGCACUUCAUAAAGAGCGAAAAAGAGGAAAAGACCAAAACAAAAUAGACAAAUCAGUGAAUACCAGUAAACCUGUGGAGCAACCAGAGAGUGAACCAUUGGUGAGCAGUUCAGGAGAGGAUCCAGCAGGGGUGGAGACCACUGAUAAAGUUUGAGAAAGAGAACAAAAUCAUUUAGACAUAUCCAUUAGUUUAUUUGUUUUGUAUAUGUGAUUACCUACCAUGGAAAUCCCUUAUGAAGAAGACAGAUUUCUGAGAGGUGCUACAACACAGCCAUAUCAAAUUAAGAAAUAUUAUUUAAUCAACUUCAUUAAGACUGGUUCAUGUCUUGUGCAAUUUUACAAUUUCAUACGUAGUUUUGACUCUGGUCCAGGGAUCAUAAAUCAUGUUAAACUUGUUCAAAUCUAAAGAUAGGGCUGAAAUGUUAUAGAAGUUAGACAAUCCAUAUUAGAUAUUAAUAUAAGUUAUAAUAACCCAAGUGCUGUUAAUUUUGACAUCUAACUCUUUCUUCUGAUCCUCGGGUCUAGUCUGUUUAGCUCAUUAAUUAGUGAAAUUCUUAAAAUGAAGUCAAGUCAUUCUUUUAAAGUAAACUGUACCAGUCAAGUAUAAACAUGUACCUCGUAUUCUUUUAAAAAAAGUGUAACAAAAAAGAAAAAAAAAAAAAAUAGGGGCAACCAUUUAACUUUUAUCACAUGAUUCAUUUAAAAGGUAAAUCCUGCUGUUGUUAAUUUUUUUUAUACACAGUUUAGGUAAAUUUUCAAAAAUCUGCAGUACAUUGAGCAAAACAGUGAAAAAUUAAAAUUAAGAUUAAGAUAACUGUUUGUUAUGUAAAAGGAGAAGAGUAAAGACAGUGGAAGGAUUAUCAAUACAUGUUGUAUGUUAAUUAAACUGAAUGUUGUGACACAUUAUUCAUACACUCAUUGUACAUGUACAUUUUAACAUGACAACAUUUUUAAUUUAUUUUGUGCUAACACAUGGAAUAGUUGGAAGACAAUGCCUAUACAAGCCUUUUAUAAUUAGGAUACAAAGUCGAAAAAUCAGGAAAGUUCACCAUUACAUGAAUAUGUAAACAUACAAUAUAUGUCUCAUUAAGAUUAGACCUUAAUGUAACUGUAUAGUAUUACCUGGUACCUAGUAGAUUUGUAUUGUAUUUAUGCAAUAGAAUUCUUUAUACCAACAUCAAGUUGAAUGUUAAAAAGACAUUGGCCCAAAAUUAGAGGACAUUUGCUUUUUUUUUUUUCAAAUG